AUGUGGUCGCUAUCCUGUGGCAGUAACAGGAAAGCGCCAUCGACACCAACUGCCAUCAAAAUGCCAACAAUGCGGCCAGCAGCUACCAACAAAGUCAGCUAUGAGACUUUUCGAGAGAAACGAGCGGUAGCGGCAGAACUGGAGCGAUCUGCAAUGGCCAAAUCAACUCAAUUGGAACGGGCAAUGCGGAAUUACGAUAACCUUAUGGCAAAUCGAGAGCUUCAGGUGAAAAGCGGUGCUCCAUCAGCUUUGAUGGAUAUCGUUCGGACACCUGAUCGGUGGAAAGGUCGUGCGACCAAAAAUCUCGCGCUGUACAAUGUUGAUCUGGACGAGCUCCAGCUUCCCGACAUGCACGAAGGUCUGUGUCGUGUCUUUUGUCAGCCCAGUACGUGGUCGCCUGCAUUCGCGUCAACUGGAGACUUUACGAUCAAAAUGGCGUCGGUCGAUGCGAACAAAGGGGAAGUCUGUUUUCGUAUUGCAGUGAUGUGCUGCUGUGCCCGGUCCAUUCGUGAUGGCACGCGCGUAAAACCAGUCUUGAAGCGGCAGUACUAUACUUCGUACGUUGAACGGACUCAGCGUGAAUUUGUCAAGCUAACGGAAGCACUGUCACUUCAGUUUUUGGGACAUUUCCUAGCGGAAAGGAUGCCCACGCAUGGAGCACGUAGUAUCCGAAAGCAGCGGGCACUCGAUGAGUAUGGCGAGGAAGUUGCGCAGCUCCUGGGUUUUGUGAUGCAGAUCACGGCAAUAGGGUUCAAUCGUCUUGUGGCGCUGAAGGAGCCCAUAUCAAGCAACGUGCGAGUCCGUGACUUUUUGGGGCUGGCGUUGGGCUUUAGUGAGCAGCCGGUCGUUGCAACGAGUUCGUGCGACGCCCGGAUUGAAGGACGAGACGGUAGUUAUCGACCGGUGUUGCCAGUUGCAUGGAUGGACGCCAAUCCGAGUGUGUCGUCAGAUGCCAACUGCUAUAAAAAAUUGAAUGUCACGAAGCGGUCUUCGUGCGAUUGCACCCACGAUAGCGUCAACAGGUUGGACCCACAUAUGCUGUCGCGCAGUAUCAAUCAACCAGGGACUGGAAAGUGUGUCCGCUACAUCGAUCCAAGCUAUUGGGUCGACGAGACGCCGAAUGACGGAUCGUUCACCGUGGAGAUCUCCAGCGUGUCAGUCGUAGCUGGCGUGGCUAUAUUCUCGAUCAGUGUGCUUUUCUUCGCGAGUGGGAACCUGAAGGUGACGACCGUCGAUCGUCGCUACUCCGAGUUCGACGAGCUCGCACGCGCCCUCGAGGAAAAAGCACCUUCCCUCCAGCUUCGCAAGCUGCUACCACCCAAGACCUUUUUCCGCAACCUCUCGGUUCGCUAUCUCGAGCGUCGGGCCGCAUCUUUGCAGCACUUUUUGGAGCGCAUGCUUCAUCUUAGUUUCCAGGGGAUCCUCGAUGAGGAGGUCCCGCUUACCGCAGAGCCUUACGUGCGCAGGUUUCUGGAGCUUCCCGCUGUCGAGUGGAUCGUGGUCCCGUGGAGCAAGCUGUCGCCACGCCACAAAAUCAAUCGAGAGGACUUUCGCACGAACCUCUCUCUGUCGCCUACAGCAGCGUCCGAGUUUUCCCAGUACUGCAACAUUUCGCCUGUACGUUCUAUGCGGCACAUUUCGAGCGAGUCGACGGCACCUCGCUACGAAAGUCUCUUUGUGAGACGUAGCGACUCCAUGUAG